CGGAAGCGGAGCGGGCGCAACCCGCAUAUAACAUCCGAACCCUGCAUUUUAGAAUAUACCGUUGCAGGAGAAGGGUUGUUUCAUGAUACCGCCACUGCAGGUUAACUUCAAUUGUCAGGAUGUUUGAGUGUGUUUAGUAACCCUGCUUUUUCUGUCUCGAUAGUCAUUGGUUCCCCGUCAGCAAGUGUGCAGUUUGCCCCUUAACGGGUAUACUUGAUUCGGAUAACAGACAGCAAUGCAGCACAAUAUAAAAAGAUACAGUGAGCUCACUUCCAUCUCAAUUCACACUCACAAACAUCAAAAUGUCUACCGUCUUAGUCUCAGGAGCCACCGGUUUUAUUGCUCAACACAUUAUCAAGCAAUUGCUUGAAAAGAAGUACAAGGUCAUUGGUACCGUCAGAACGGAUGCAAAAGGUCAACACUUGACCAAGAAUUUCAAUAAUCCUAAUUUUCUGUAUGUUUUAGUUUCAAACCUCGCUACACCUGGUGGUUUUGAUGAAGUUUUCCAACAGCACCCAGAAAUUGAAUACUUCCUUCAUACUGCUUCACCAUUCACCUUGAGCGAUGACAACGUUGAAGAAAACCUUUUGAAGCCGGCACUUGCAGGAACCAAGGAAGCUUUGACCUCCGCCCACGCCUACGGUAAGAACCUUAAAAAGCUUGUGGUUACCUCAUCAUAUGCUGCUAUGGGUUGGACGUAUCUCGUUGACAAGUCCAUUCCAGAUGAUGUCUACAUUGACGAAGCUAGCUGGACCGAUAUCCCAUGGGAUGUUGCUGCAAAAAGCGAUGGGUUAACUGCUUACAUUGCUUCCAAAGCCCAUGCUGAAAGGGAAGUUUGGAACUUCAAGGAAAGAGAAACCCCAAAUUUUGAUCUUGCUGUUGUUAAUCCAACCUACGUUUAUGGCCCACAAGCUUUCGAUAGCGAUGUCACUGAACAUAUGGGUGAAACCUCCGAAAUCAUCAACCGUAUUAUCAAGUUGCAACCAGGUGAAACCCCUCAUAGAGACAGAGGUUUGUGUAUCGAUGUAAGAGAUGUUGCUGGUGCUCAUAUUAUUGCUAUGGAAAGAGACGAAUGUACCGAUAAGAGACUUCUUCUUUUCAACGCUGCAUUCUCUGAGCAAAACUUCCUCGACCUAGUGCACAAAUUCUACCCGGAACAAUUUAAGAAUGUUCCAAUCGGUGACCCAAAAACUACUCAGGCAACCCUUACCAAGACUUUCUGGGGUGAUAUCCACAAUGAGAAGACCAGGGAGAUCUUGAAGCAAGACUGGUAUUCCCAUGAGAAAAGUGUCAAGGAUAUACUUGAGCAAAUUAUCAGGGUCAGAGGCCUUUAAAGUGUUUGGCUACUUUGUUUCCUUUUUUUUAUUAUGAAUAAAAAUUAAUCAGAA